UUUGGUGGUCAUCCUCGCCAUCGCCGAAUUGAACGUCGUCUUCCCUUCAACUCUCCGGACUUCGUCGUAGCAAACUACCAGCUGAAUCUUACGAUGGCCGUCACAAUCUCUGCGAUCAAGGCCCGUCAGAUCUUCGACAGCCGUGGCAAUCCCACGGUGGAGGUGGACGUUACUACCAGUGAUGGCGCGCAGUACCGCGCGGCUGUCCCGAGCGGUGCGUCCACCGGCAUUUACGAGGCUCUGGAGCUCCGCGAUGGCGGCAAGGAUUUCAUGGGCAAGGGGGUGCUGAAGGCUGUGAGCAAUGUCAACGACAUCAUUGCCCCUGCUUUGAUCGGUAGGGAUGUGACGAAUCAGACGGCCAUCGAUCAAUUCAUGGUUGAGCAUUUGGACGGAACGCAGAACGAAUGGGGAUGGUGCAAGCAGAAGCUCGGCGCGAAUGCGAUCCUCGCGGUGUCGCUGGCGGUCUGCAAGGCUGGCGCCGGCGCGAAGAAGAUCCCCCUUUAUCAGCACAUAGCGAAUUUGGCGGGAAACUCGAAGCUGGUCCUUCCUGUCCCUUCGUUCAACAUCAUCAACGGCGGAUCGCAUGCGGGUAAUAAGCUGGCGAUGCAGGAGUUUAUGAUCCUGCCGACGGGCGCGUCUUCGUUCCAGGAGGCGAUGAAGAUCGGCAGCGAAGUGUACCACCAUCUGAAGUCCAUCAUCAAGAAGAAGUACGGCCAGGAUGCGACGAACGUGGGCGAUGAGGGCGGGUUUGCGCCCAACAUCCAGGACAACAAGGAGGGGUUGGAGCUCAUCAAGGCGGCCAUCGAGAAGGCAGGGUACACAGGUAAGGUGACAAUAGGCAUGGACGUCGCGGCGUCGGAAUUCUAUGACGACAAGACGAAGAUGUACGAUCUGGACUUCAAGACGGAGCAGAAUGACGGCAGCAAGAGGAUCACAGGCGAUCAGCUAAUUGAGCUGUACCAGUCGUUCUGCAGCGAGUACCCUCUUGUGUCGAUCGAGGACCCCUUCGACCAGGACGAUUGGGAGCACUACGCGAAGCUCACGGCUGCGAUUGGCGAGAAGGUGCAGAUCGUCGGCGACGAUUUGCUCGUCACCAACCCUAAGAGGGUGGCCAAGGCUAUCGAGGAGAAGUCUGCGAACGCUCUCCUCCUGAAGGUGAACCAGAUUGGAUCCGUCACGGAGAGCAUCGAGGCCGUGAGGAUGUCGAAGAAGGCAGGGUGGGGGGUGAUGACCAGCCACAGGAGUGGAGAGACCGAGGACACGUUCAUCGCCGAUCUCGCCGUUGGAUUGGCCACCGGACAAAUCAAGACAGGAGCGCCGUGCAGAUCGGAGCGCCUGGCGAAGUACAACCAGUUGCUUCGUAUCGAGGAGGAGCUCGGCGAUGCCGCUGUCUACGCUGGCGUCAAUUUCCGUGCGCCGGUCGAGCCCUAUUAAGCGUCGUUUGUGUUUUUUUGUGUUUUUGUGUUUUUGUGUUUUGUGCAGCGUGUUCCUUAUUGUGGUGUUCCUUGGUUCGCUCGGGAUCCCUCGGAAGAUGUCGUCGUCUUCCACGAUGUGUGGGGGAGAUAGGUUUUCUGGCUAUAGGAUGUUGGCUUCCGUCCUCUCUUCCUUAGCUUGUAAUCUCGUAGGUGUGAUUAGGGAUUGACUUCACUGGCGCCGACAAUUUCCGUGCGCCGGUCGAGCCCUAAAUGGCGGCGUUUGUGUUUUUUUGUGUUUUUGUGUUUUGUGCAGCGUGUUCCUUACUGUGGUGUUCCUUGGUUCGCUCGGGGUCCCUUGCACUAUGUGUUGGGGGGAGAUAGGUUUUGUAGCUAUAGGAUGUUGGCUUACGUCCUCUCUUCCUUAGCUUCUAAUCUCGUAGGUGUGAUUAGGGAUUGAUGUUACUGCCACUGGCAAUCGAUUGUAUUGUUUCAGUUGGUUGUCCAUCACGGCGCCGGAUUAUUAAGUUUGAGAGUAGAGAGAGGGUUCGAUGAUGGAGUGCGGUUCGAUAAUAGAUGGUAGGCGCUCCUGGUCCUCCUGUGUGUCCAGGUUCUACUGGUUGUAGGUGUUAGGAAGAGGAUGAGUUGGUCUUGCGCGGCAGUGUGAUUGACGUCGUGGUUUAGGAUUUAGUAUAUGUUCUUGCGGUCGGUCUAUAUUGAUGCCAGCGGCAAGUUUGAGAGAAUGGGAGAGUAGAAACUAAAUGUACGGGUGGGUGAUGGCGCACUCGGUGUUUCUUGGUUACAUGGGAAAUGAGGUCUUUGAUUUAAGAGGUAUAUUAUGCUGAAUCGGUCAUUUGCCGCUUCUUUUCUCUCGAUGUUUCCUGCUGUGCGGAAGUAAUGAAAACUUGCAUUGACA